UCACCUCGCCCUGCCCCCAUCCGGCCGCGCCACGUUCCCGCGUGUCCCCCGAGUGUCCCCCCGGGCGUUGUCCCCCUCCUCCCCGCCAGCGUCUCCCGGAGUGUCCCAGCAGUGUCCCCAAAGCGUCCCUGGAGUGUCCCCAGCGGUCAUGGAGUCCCGCGAGCUGCUGGAGGCACUGGUGGCCGUGGUGGCCACCCUGGGAGAGCUGGUGGCCACCGUGGCCGGGCCGUACGGUGACGUGCUGCUGGCCGUGUCCCCAAAGUCCCUGCACACGGCCCUGGGGACCUUCAUCAGUCACCUCCGGGACACCCUGGAGCACCACGGUGUCACCUCCCUGGGCCGGGCCCUGGCCGCCCUCAGGGCCACCCCAGGGGCCACCUGGGCCCAUGUGACAAGCGCAGCCGGUGCCUGGCGGGACUCGGUGGCUGAGCUCGGGGACCGCUGGGACCGGCUGGCCAGGGAGGCCACCGAACUCCACGACGCCUGCAGGGAUGCAGCCACCAGGGAGGCCACCACGGCGGCCACUGCCACUGCCCUGGCUGGGGACCUGCAGGACAAGGCCACCCACUGGGGGACAGCAGAUGACAACCUUAUAGCUGUGGCCCGGGAGCUGCCGCUGGCCCUGGACAAGGAGGAGGUGGCUUCAGUGGUGGCCACACAUGAGGCCCGGGUGGAGGCAGCCACCAACAAGGUGGUGGCGGCCACCAAGGCCAUGGAAGAGGCCAUGGUGGCCACCAGCGAGGCCGGGGCAGCCACCAGGAGGGGACAGCGGGCAGAGGUGGCCCUGGAGCUGCUGGAGCGCUUGGUGGCUGCAUGUGACAAAGCCACUGCGUUCCCCCGGGAGCUGCGGCGACAGCUUGGGGACAUCCAGGCCACCCUGAAGGGGACAAAUGAGAUGUCCCCUGAUGUCCCUGAGGCCUUGGUGGUUGCGGUGGCCGAGGCUGAGCGGCUGUGGGAUGCCAGCGCCCGCCUGGCCAUGUGUCACCUGCUGGGGACACUUGGGGACAUCCGCAGGCUCCUCUCAAGUGGCUCUGGUGGCCCCGGUGCUCGCGCAGUGGCCGAGCGGUGCCAAAGAGCCAUCAAGGACAUCCCGAGGCUGCUGCAGGGACAGUGAUGUCACCGCUGUGAUGUCAUCAGGGUGGUACAUCAUCGGGGACAUUGCUGGUGUCAUUUGUCCCCGCCCCCCAUCCCAGUGUGGGAUUUGAGACAAAUCUGGGGAAUUUUCUGGGAAUUUUCAUUAAAAUUGUCCCAAAUCCUGA